AUGUAAAUCUUAGAAAAUUCAGAUUCAAUAGUAAGUGAUGAACAAUCCUUGGAAUUAGAUUGUAGAAUUAUGGUACCAAAGUUUAAGAAAGAGGAGUAUGAUACUUUUUAAACUGAAACCUAUACUUCUGUCAUGACAAGAGUGAUGUAAAUGAGAUCAAAUUCACAAGAAUUCAGAUUUAAAUAGCCUAAUUAAUUUAGUCCUUAAGGUUCCCUAAGUUCCACUUAAAAACAAAUAUAAUGUACUUUAAUGAAUGAAGAUGAGUACUCAAAUAAAUUGUGUGUGAAGUUAUACCUUUAACAAGAAUAAGGGAAAAAAAAUGGUCGUAAAUUGAAAUAGAAGGACAAAGCUCCUUAAAGUCCUGCAAGUUCAGUAGAUGGUAUGAAUAAUUCUCAGACACCAAAAAAAGAAGAUUGGAAUGCAAUUAAAAUUUCAAACCAACAAAUUCAACCUAAUUAGAAACAAUCUUAAAUUAGAUAAAAUAAACGAUAGUUAAGUUAAACAUUUAAAAGUUGUUCUGUUGAAGUAUCACCUCUUAAAAUACCAAGAUUUUCUUAAAGAUAAAUAUAUGUAACAUAAUUGGUUAACAAUAAUUAAGAACCUAUAUAAGAAAAAUUAAGUCUUGUAUAAUUAGAAAACAAUGAGAAAAUAAAUAAAGUUACUUUAAGUCCAUACACAAGUAAAACUAGGACUGUUAAGAAUUCUGUUUAAAAUACUUAAUUAAAAGGAAUACUUAAAAGUAAAUCAUGUAAUAGUGAGGGAGCAAAGAGAAGAAAAAACACUUCUUAAGAAUCAUAAAAUAAGAAAUCACAAUUUUUUAAAAAGGUUACGUUUAAUUCUGUUAAAUUAUGUAAAUAUGAAUCACUUAAAAACAAGAAAGAAGUACCAAUUAAAUAGUUAAUAAUAAUUUAAUGA